GGCUGAGCUCCAGCAAAGACUGCAAGGGAAGAGAUCUCCUUAGAUCAUUGUCUUGCCUCUUCUCCCUGCUUUGAAAAGCAGUCUCAAGCUCUGAGAUGGCAUUCUCCGGAAUACUGAGUGAUGCUGAUAUUGCAGCUGGUUUACAAAGCUGCCAAGCUGCCGAUUCCUUCAGCUGCAAAACAUUCUUUGCCAAAUCCGGGUUGCACUCCAAAUCCAAGGAUCAGCUAGCAAAAGUAUUUGGAGUUAUUGAUCAAGACAAGAGUGGAUACAUUGAGCAAGAUGAACUGAAGAAGUUCCUGCAGAAUUUUGAUGGGAAAGCCAGAGCCUUGACUGAUAAGGAGACUAUAGAAUUUCUGAAAGCAGGUGACACCGAUGGAGAUGGCAAAAUUGGCGUGGACGAGUUUUAUGUCCUGGUUACAAAGGGUUAAAGCAAUUCAAGGGAAGACCAAGCCAAUUGUAUUGUACAACAUCCUUUCUUAUUGCAAGUCAACUAUUUAUUUAUACAUUUUAUACAGUGAAUCGGCAUUGACAGUGGCCAGCAAGUUGUUUCUUACUAUUUGGGAUCUGUGUUAACUCCCCAAUGCACUGUUUGACCUUUAUUAUUGUCUAUUGUUGUAAAAUUCAUAAUUAAAAGGGCUCUUCUACAUCAAAAGCAGGACAAAGUCGGAGCCCAAGGGUAAAGAAA